CUGUGAUGAAAGGCGAAAAUGGCGAAAACUUUAAAGUCUGCUCAAAAUUUCAGUUGUUACUGUUGUUACUGAGUAUCGAGAUAUCGUCUGUAUCCCUGAGUGGCUUGAGUAAAGAAACGAUCAGAAAAACCAUCUUCAUCGGUCGUUUUCAUUUUGAAUUUAAUUUUGUAGGUGUAUUGGUGUAUUCUGUUUGAAAGCGAUCACUUUAAUCUAAUUAUAAAAACGCGCGCUUGGUGGCGCUCAAAUUCAAGUAUCACCGAGUGCGAUACGGCCACAAAUAAUUAUUAUUGUUAUUGUCAUCACAAAGCACAGAUUACAAUAAUAAUAAUAAUAAUAAUAAUAAUAAUAAUAAUAAUAAUAAUAAUAAUAAUUAAAUCAAAAUUUAUAUGGUUUAUUAUUUUUUCUUAAUUUUAUUUUUGAUUUACAUAGCUUGAUUGGGUAUUUAUUUAUCUAGUAGAUACAUAGUACAUAUAUUAAUUAUUAAUUAUUUACAAGCAUAACCAACCGUGUGUUUAUCUCAAUUUUUUUCGAUUUAGGAUACAUUCACAUUAAACCUCAGAUUGCAUACGUAUUUUUUUUUUUCUCUCUCUUUUUUUUUUUUCUUCCAUUCUGUUUAGUUAUCAAACACAGAUUUACUAUAAAAAAACAAGUGUAGUGUGUGUAUGUAUAUAAAUAGUUGUUAUUAAUAACAAACAAAAAUUAGGAACAAUGUUAAAAAAAUGGCGAAAAACGCACUAAAUGUUAAUUUUUAUCCAAAUACUGUAAAGGAUAAUGAUGGAAUUUUACGAAAACUCCGAUCUCGCAGCAAGAUUAAUAUUAAGACAGCUGAUGAAUGGAGUAAACUGUUUAUUAAGCUCAACACUGAGUCUAAACGGCUGGGUAAUAACAAAAUAACAAGUGAUGUAAGACUGCUGAAUCACAUCGGUAAUGAAGCAGUGAUUUAUGGAUCUAUUGAAGGAUUUCCCUCAGGUUCAUGGUGGGGAAUACGUAUGGAUUGUGCCAGAGAUAAAGUUCACACUUGCUUCGAUAAAGACAUUGACGAGGGAAUAUUUGGAGUUGCUUCAAUAUGCACAUCCCAUGUUAAUAAUACUAAUGAUGUUGAUCUAGGAACAUAUUUGACAUUUACUGGUGGUAAAUAUAAUUAUGACAAGCCGUGUGAUUCAUUAUUAAACAAUUUCAACAAUCACAUACCUUUGAGAUUAAUAAGAAGCUACAAUUUAGCUAAUGAAUUUGCUCCAAAAACUGGUUAUCGGUAUGAUGGUUUAUAUAUUGUGGCGUCCUGUUGGAUUGGAAUUAAUGCUAAAGAUUCAAGUAAAUAUUACAAGUAUGCGUUGGCUAGAUUAAAUUAUCAAGAGCCACCACCGUGGAUAUCACAGACUCGUAUUGUCACGAGACAGUCUUUAUUACAAAAAAUAAAUUUUAAAUCAGAUUGUGGACCUUACUACAAGUGUCAGAUGUACGGCUGUCAGACCCAAGAAAGAACUAAAAAAUUAAAUAAAACUUGUGAAAUGGAUAUUAGUACAAAUAAAAUAAUUAGUGGAAAACAUAAUAAAGUUAAAAGAGUCAGCAUAGAAUCACCAUUAUUGUCAAAUCCUGUCUCGCCUACAUAUACUGCUUCAAAGCCUCCGGCAUAUAAACUCCAAAAUACAAAUAUUGCAAUUAGAACAGAAUUAUAUGACUCGUCACCUUAUCAUCCACAGCAAGAUGUUAAAAAACAAACACCAAUGACUUAUUGCCGAGUUUAUAAUAAUACUAAUAGUAAAACUGAUAGUAAAAAAUUAUUUGAUACAAAAAAAUUGGAAAUGGAAUCGCAAGAAUCAAAUAAAAUUUUGACCGAUGAAAAUUGUACAAUAAAUAAUUUAUAUGAUUUAAAUUCGACAUUGCUUAUAAAUUCUGACGAAAUUUGUAAUGUCUCUAGAACGAGCACUAGAGCUUCUGUGAGUUCUGAAUCUUCUGAAUUGUCGAAUAAAAAUGUAGACCUUCAAAAAGCCGUAGUAGAAAUAGAAACAAUGACACCUGAACAAAUGUUAAAUUUAAUUAUUAAAAAACGUUAUAAUCCCACGGGUAAAUUAUUAAUAGCAAGUAUUAUUGGUCUCCCAGAAAAUGAUAUUUUAAAAAAUUUAAAUAAAAAUAAAAUUCGUAAUAAUUCUGGUAAAUUAGAAUUGAAUAAAAUUAAAAAAAUUCGAGAAAAAAAAAUAAAUUUUAAUAAUAAUUUUCAUGAAACAAGAUCAACUUCAAUUAAAAACCAGAAUAAGGAUACCAUAAGUAAAUUAAAUAAUCGUAAUAAAAAUACAGUUAAACAUUUUAAAAAAUCAAAUGUAACAAGAAAACGAAAAAAUGAAUUGGCUAAUUUAAUUAUUGAUGGUAAUUUUCGGGUACCGUCAGUUCAAACAAGAACUAUGAGAAAUAGACGACUAAGAUGUCCAGCAAUUAUAUUGAGCAAAAGAAAAGAUUUGUCUGAUUAUAUAACAACAAAUUAUCCGCGUGUUGAUUUAAGGAGAAAAAGUAAACAGUUAAUUACAGGUGCUGUUAAAAAAUCUAAAAUUUCUAAAAAUCCUCAUCCAAUGGCUAAAACAGUUAAACCACAAGUUAAUAAAAUUGAUAAUACAAAUAAACAAAAAAUAAAUAACAAUAAAAAUAAUAAAAUAAUAAAUACAGAAUCAUCAUUAUUAAAACCACAAAUGGUUGAUGCGUCAACGCAGUGCGUUACAACUAAAGAUGCAAUGACAUUUGUCAAUAUGGAGACACAAUUAAAUCAGCCGCGUAAAAAAAAUUGUGAUGCUUUUGUGAAAAUUGAGUUUAUCAAUCUAGAAGAUGAUGAAGAAAAUGAAAAUGACGUUAAAUCAGAAUCAUAUGAAAUCAAUUCAAACCAAGACGAUGAUGAUGAUAAUAAUAAUGAUGAUUAUGAUCAUGAUGAUGAUGAUGAUGAUAAUGAUAAUGAUAAUGAUAAUGAUGAUGAUGAUGAUGAUGAUGAUGAUGAUGAUGAAGAGUUAAUAAAAACAGUUUAUCGUAAUCAACUGCAAGUAUCUAAAAAACCACAAAUGUAUUAUAGUAAUAAUAAUUCAUACAAUAAAUUAAAUUUGUACAGCAGUAGUAGCAUGGAGUCAUCAGCAUUCGUACCUGUUAACUUGUCCGACAGAGACAUGAGAGUAGCGCGAUUAAGAUCGAUUGGAUUCAAACCCAUUGAUCCAGUUAUUGUAACUGCUAAUACUUGUAAUACUUCAGAAUAUUACAAUAAUUGUUAUGCAAGUACUAGUUCUGUACAUGGAGCAGUGACAAAUCGGCAGGUUGAUGAGCAAUACAAUAAGUAUACAAGUGAUGAAAAUAAUGUCGUUCAGUAUAUGGAUAAUCAACUACAUUUUCAAGACAUUGAAGCAGAGGAAGAAAUUAUUACAAGAAAAUUAAAUAAAUUAUCAAAAAAAAAAUACUCAAAAAAAAUACCUGAUAUUAUUAAUAAAUCUAAAGACAUUGAAUUACUCAGUGGCAAUAAUUUAAGUUGUAAAAAACUUAAGUACAGCUCAUCGUCCGUUCAAGAUUUAGAUGAGGAUGAGCAAGUUCCUUGGCAUGGAUGGCACAGAUAAUUUUUUUUUAAGCGUUUAUUUUUUUAAAUAUCUAUAUUAUUUUUCAUAUUUUUAAUGGCAUUGAGAUAAAAAUAUUUAUUUUGAUGUUUACAGACUUAUCUAACAGCUUGUUGUUGUUAUUAUUAUUAUUAAUUUUUAAAUAAAAAUUCAAUAACAAAUGCUUACCAACAUAUAUUUAUAAUCGAUAGGCCACCACCAUUUAAUUAUGUAGCGAUAAACGAUUAUUUUUUAUACCUUUUUUCUUACAUACUUAGCAAAAUAAAAAGUUGGAUGUUAAGAUUUAUUAAUAAAUUUAAAAAAUAUUGAGUAUUAAUAUAUA